UUUUCAUAUUUCUGUUCGAAACGCGUGCCCUACUUAAUCAUGGGUGCACUUUUGAUGGUUGCAUGAAGCAAUCCCAUCGACGACAGAUUCCAACCCUAAGCGAGCUCAACGAUCGGCCCCCUCUUCAACUUCAACUUGCGGCGUCUAAUCGGAUCGGCUGUCCGGUAAUAGGAAUGAUGAGGACACAUGAAACCAGACGGGCUAGACAAGGCCGAAGUAUGAAGAGACAGAAGGUCGAUCGCCCGGGAAGGACUCUGUUUGUUCUAUCACUAGAGCAUCUGUUUGUGAUAAAGAACAUCGAAAAUGCCGUUGAAUCAUAUUGUUCGGUGACGAAGCUACCAAAUGAGUGCAUGGGUAUGCUGGAAUUGGAGUCCAAGAUUUUCUUGGUGGGCGGUCAAAAGUAUGACCGAUGGGGUUGGGGGCCUCCAUUCCGUGAUUCCUUUUCCAGAGGAAUCCAUGAGGUGAAACAGCAUUCCAAUUCCGUGUCCAUAGUUCCUUCGAGAAUCAUGCCAAAGAUGAACGAGGGGAAGUUAAAUCCAAUUGUCCAAAAGUUUGGAAGCAAGAUAUUUGUACUGCACAGGGGCCCUGCUAUCAAUUUGGACGAGUUGAAUGGGGGAUACUCAACUAGAGCUUUUGAGUGUUUCGAUUCUGCUUUUCCAGAAAAGGGUUGGGUUGUGAAAUCAGGUGUACCCUUUUUGUAUGAUGCCUGGGCCUAUGGAGGGCAUAUCGUGCAUGAGUUCCAUCGAAUAGGGGAGAAGCUCUACUUGACUGCCGUGAAUGGUAAAGGCGAGAGGUUUUAUGUUUUCGAUUUCAAGACAGAGGAAUGGUCCAAGGAUGACUGUUUUUUUGUGGGAAAUCAUAGGUGUAUGGGCUCACCAAAGUGUGUUGUCUCAGCUCCUGGUUUAGAUGAUGACACGUAUGUUGUUUUUGGAUUCCUAAAUGUGCACUCUCCAAAAUUCCGAGCUGAGCUUUUCACGCAAGGAAAAGGAUGCUCCUGUUAUCAAAAUGUGCACGGCAUCUUCAACUUGAAAGGAUUGGGAGGGGAGGAUAUGGGCUGCACAUUUGUUGAGAUGGGGAACGGAGACUACUUGGGCCUGCUCACUGCUUGGGAAUUCAAAACAGGUGACUUUUAUCUUCUUGUAUCAACCUUUUCACUUGAGGUACUGGCUGCUCGAGUGCCACCCAUCCAAUCCCUCAAUGAGCCUAUCAAAAUGAAAUUCUUAAGCAUUAACCGCAAGAACCAACAGAAGUUCAAGAUCCCUGGGGUUGAUUUCUCUUAUUUUGCUGGAGUUGCAUGCCUUUAGGUAUUGUUUGUACUGUUUCUUUUUGAGCAUCUACACAAUGCAUGCAGUAUAUUUGAAUUUGAACUCCUUAGGAGUUAGGGUGUAUUCUACGUUAAUUAGUACUACCUUUUAAAUGAUUGGAAAGACACUUAUCUAUCUUAAUUGACACUUACCAGUUUCAACAAUGAUGAACUACUGUACCUU